AACGGAACGUGGAAGCAACUGAACAAACGCAUAGUCUUUACAGAGAAACUCGACAAUGAAAGCAAUUCACUUUUCACUGCUUGUUGCAACUCUUGUGAGUAGCACGGUCUCUCAGAUCCUCUCACCCAAUAGAGGUUGUCAGUUGGUGACCGAUUGCCCACGACUGAACGGUGACCAUGCUGUCCACUUGCCAAAUCCUCUCAGUUGCGAAAGCUUCUGCAAGUGCGACUGGGGCAAGGCCAUCUACUUCCAGUGCCCAAAAGGACUUCACUUCAACAGGUUCUUGGAAGUUUGUGACUGGCCAGACAAUGCUAAGUGCCAAACAGUCACAAGACCAACUUCAACAACCAUCUCGACAACCCCCUCUACAAAUCCCUCAACAACUCUCUCAACAACCCUCUCAACAACCACAUCAACAACCACCCCAACAACAAGCACUAAAUGCAGAGGUGUUGAGUGUCCACAAAUAAACGAGGGACCUGCAAUUCAUAAGCCGAACCCAGGGGAUUGCAGCAGUUUUUGCAAGUGCGAUUGGGGAAAGCCUAUUUGGUUUGCUUGUCCACCAGGACUUCACUUUAAUCCUGCUCUGGAAGUGUGUGACUGGCCUAGCAGUGCGGGGUGCAAGGAGGAAAAUACCUCUACAACUACAGUUUUUGAAACCACACCCGAAAGAACCACCCCAUCACCAACUACCCCGGAAGUAACAACCCCGCCAACAACCAUCCUGGAAGUAACCACCCUGUCACCAACCACAACCACCCCAGAAGUAACUACUCCGUCAUCAGCCACCUCGCCAACAACCAGCACUAAAUGCAGAGGUGUUGAGUGUCCACAAAUAAACGAGGGACUGGCCAUUCAUAAGCCGAACCCAGGGGAUUGCAGCAGUUUUUGCAAGUGUGAUUGGGGAAAGCCUAUUUGGUUUGCUUGUCCACCAGGACUUCACUUUAAUCCUGUCCUGGAAGUGUGUGACUGGCCUAGUAGUGCGGGGUGCAAGGAGGAGGAAAACACCUCUACAACUACAGUUUUUGAAACCACACCCGAACGAACCACCCCAUCACCAACCACAACCACUCCGGAAGUAACCACCCAAGAAGUAACCACCUCGGAAGUAUCCACCUCGGAAGUAACCACCUCGGAAGUAACCACCCCGGAAGGAACCACCCCAGAAGUAACCACCCCGCCAUCAGCCACCUCGCCAACAACCACCCUGGAAGUAACCACGUUGUUACCAACCAAACCCACCCUGGAAGUAACCACCCCAGAAGUAACCACCCAAGAAGUAACUACCCCAGAAGUAACUACCCAAGAAGUAACCACCCCAGAAGUAACAACCCUGUCACCAACCAUUACGGAAAUAACCACCCUUUCACAAGCCAUCCCAGAAGUAUAUUAACCACCGUCACCAGCCACAGAUAACCACCGCGUUAUCAUAAUUCACGGAAUAAUUCCUCAUAAAACACAUUCCAUUCAAUGAGCCAACCAAUGUAAUCUCUUUAAUUUUUGACCAUUUUUUGUAUUAUUGGGUUUCCUUCUACUUAAUCAAUUAAAUCAAUCAUCCUAGUUGUAUUUAUUCUGUAUUUAUUAAUGUAUUUAAUGUUUGCAAAAAAUGCUAUUUUUUAACAAAAUUUUUAAAAAAAUAAAAUUUUUUUUAUAACCAUAAUUUUUGUUUGUAAUUUUAAUUUAUAAAUUGUGUAUUAUUGUUUUUAUUUAUUAAUUAUAAAUUUGGAAGAAUUUAAUCAAAAAUGAUUGUCUUGAAGUUGUUUUACCUGAGCUUUAUGUAAAAUACAAUACAUCAAUAAUAAAAUAUUUUUAUAUUAAUAACAAA